GGAGAAGACCCGACCCAGCAAAGACAGAUAAGAUCUCCUAGUGGCCGACACCCCUGCGCACCACGACGGAAGUACAAGCCUUCCUAGGGGUGGUCGGAUUCUGGAGGAUCUUCAUCAAAGGAUUCGCAAAGGUAGCCGAGCCUAUCCGCGCGAUGAUUAGAGAAGGUGGUACAAUGGAAUGGACCGAGGAUAGAGAAGCGGCAGCCCAGACCCUUAAGGACAUCCUGUCUUUCGAUCAGGUUACCCUAGCAGCACCCUGUUUCAACGAUCAGGUAAGACGACCCUUCAUCUUAGAAACAGAUGGGGGACCGCUGACAGUUGGAGGAGUACUGAUACAGAAGAGCGAGGAAGGCAAGGAUUGGCUAAUCAGAUUUGAAAGUAGGACCUUGAAUUCGGCAGAACGGCGGUACUCACAGUUCAAGAAAGAGGUCUUAAUGAUCCUGCAUUGUCUUAAGACCUUCCAGGCAUACCUAUUCGGGAGGCGAUUUAUCCUAAGGAUUGAUCAGACCAACGUUGCUGGGGCAUUAAAGAAUUAUAAGCCUAUAGACCCGACCAUCGGUAGAUGGAUAGGGUUCAUAGGGCGAUUCGACUACAAAGUCGAGCGAAUUUCGGGGCUUCGAAACAGGGCGGAUGGGCUGAAAAGGGUAUGCAUCCCGCCGGAGGGAAUAGAGGACACAGAAACAAUCGACGCCUUCUUGGAGUACGAAGGGGGAACCCUUGCCGUGGACAACGAGAUGGCAGACUCCGUGACGAUAACAGGUCAACUGCUGAUCCAGACUCUGGAAAGGGGCGCGCCCGCGGUAGUUGCGGAGCUCAUGAAAGGGUCGGUCACUACGUUUAUGUGCAAAGACGAGAGGGAUUUGUGGGGUGUAGUGAUUGGGCCUAAAGAGGAAUUGAUAGCAAUGGUCGUGGAAGGGGGACGGGACGCUGUGAUGACCCUAACAGAAACCUGGGCGCAAAACAAGUACAUCCCGGAUGCAAGGGAUAACCUCAAUGGCUACGUGGAGGCGGUGACUCUUAAGAAAAAGACGGGAAAGGGAGUGGCCGAUUGGGUAGAAGACUUCUACCUUAGGCACCCCUUUGUGCGUAGCUUCAUAGCGGACAAUGGAACGGAGUUCGUCAAACAAGAGGUGUUGGGCAGGCUUAAGGCACUGUGCGUACCUAUCAAGAUCAUCGAGCCAUAUCACCCUGAGGCCAAUGCACCAGUAGAAAGGGGACACCGGACCUUGAAGAACACAAUUGCUAAGUUGGCGAUGGAUGACCUGGGGAACUGGCCUCGAUACCUUAAGCAGGCGGUCUUCUCUGAGAACAUGACACCGAAAAGGACGACGGGAUGCAUUCCCGCAAAACUCUGGUAUGGGAGGGAGAUCGAUUUCCCGGUGGAAGCCCUGGUUCCUACCUAGAACAGGCUAAAUAACAACUUGCACAUGUCUACGGACGAACUAAUUGCCGCACGUUGCCAACAGAUCGUGAGAAAUAAGGAAGCCUUGGAGGAUGUGGUGAGGCGGGUGAUGGAUAGUCGAAUAAAGGACAAAGCAAGGUGGGAUCAAGUAAAGAACAUCCGGAAGG